CUAUAAAUUUGUAAUUAAUGUUACAAAAAUAUUAGAAUAAUGGGAAAAUUAAAAAGUAGUUGAAAUUAGACAAAAAGACUAAGAAAUUUGUAAUUAAUGUUAAUAAUAAAUUAUCAAAAAGUUAUAAAAAAUUAGAGAAAAUUAUCAGAAAAUGUUAAUGCAUUUGAUUAUCAUUAAUUGUAAAUCUUUUUUUUUUUUGAAGAUGUCUGGACAUGGAAUAGGCAAGCCGUACAUGAAUAAGAAAAGAAUGGAAGAAAAAACGGAAGGAAGAAUGGAAGGUCGUGCUUGUAGACUUACAGCGACCGGUAGAAAAGAAAAUGAAGAAAAAAAUCCACGUAAGGUUAAGGGGAAGAAGAAGAAGGCGGAAAUAGUGCGUCCCGACGGUCGCCCUACUAUGGGACAGUUAUCUCUUAGUCGAGGUACUACCUCCACCCCUACUCCUGAGGAUGCGACGCCGUGGGAGGCUAAUUGGAGUGAUUCAGUUUCUAUGGACGACGACGACGAUGAUGAUAAUGAUGAUGAUGAUGUGGCUGUUGAUGAGGUUGGGGAUGCCCCACCUGAAUCUGAUGUAGGCGUAUUAUACAUCUAAUCUUAAUUUUGUAUACAAAAACAAUCAAUUUCACAAAUAAUUAGGCUCAUAAAUUUUAAAAAUAAUAUAAACUAAAAAUCAAUAAACAAUCUUAUAGACCAAACUAUAAAUGAUAACAAUAAAAUAGAAAUAUUUGAUAUAAACUUAAAAAACCCAAAAACCACCAAUAGAAGCAAAUUUUCGGUUCAACCAUGGCUAAACCUAACCAAAUUUUCGGUUUCACCAUGGCCAAACCGAAAUACAGGUUCGGUGCCACCGUGGACCAACCGAAACUAAUUUUCUUUUCACCCAUGGCAUAAACGAAGCAGAAUUUC